GUUUCAUUUCAUUUUGGCUCUAUUAUAUACUUUAACACUUCUUUCACUUUCCUCAUCAUAUUUUCUUACUCCUCCUUUCAUAGCUCCAUCUCAUUCCUCACCUCUCACCAGCUCAAUAUUUGGUUGCCAAAGAGGAUCCCUGGACAUUAUAAGGAAAUAUGGGGAUGAUGGAGAUAACUAAUGUUACCGAGUAUGAGGCAAUCGCAAAGGAAAAAUUGCCAAAGAUGGUUUAUGACUAUUAUGCAUCAGGGGCAGAGGAUCAGUGGACUUUGAAAGAGAACCGAAAUGCAUUCUCAAGGAUUCUGUUCCGACCACGUAUUCUUAUUGAUGUAAGCAAGAUAGACUUGACAACGACUGUAUUGGGCUUCAAAAUAUCAAUGCCUAUCAUGAUUGCUCCCACAGCCUUGCAAAAGAUGGCUCACCCUGAAGGAGAAUAUGCUACCGCUAGAGCAGCAUCAGCAGCUGGCACAAUCAUGACACUAUCCUCAUGGGCUACAUCCAGUGUGGAGGAGGUUGCUUCAACAGGACCUGGCAUUCGUUUUUUCCAACUCUAUGUGUAUAAAGACAGAAAUGUGGUCACUCAGCUUGUGAGAAGAGCUGAAAGGGCUGGUUUCAAGGCAAUUGCCCUUACUGUGGACACUCCACUUCUUGGUCGUAGGGAGGCUGAUAUUAAAAACAGAUUUACAUUGCCACCAAACCUGACAUUGAAGAAUUUUGAAGGAUUGGAUCUUGGAAAGCUGGAUAAGACUAAUACUGACUCUGGUCUAGCUUCUUAUGCCGCUAACCAAGUUGACCGAUCACUCAGCUGGAAGGAUGUGAAGUGGCUUCAAACAAUCACCUCAUUGCCAAUUAUAGUGAAGGGUGUACUUACUGCUGAAGAUACAAGGAUAGCUAUUCAAGCUGGAGCAGCUGGAAUCAUAGUUUCCAAUCACGGAGCUCGCCAACUUGACUAUGUUCCUGCAACUAUCAUGGCUUUGGAAGAGGUUGUGAAAGCUGCACAAGGAAGAAUUCCUGUUUUUCUGGAUGGUGGAAUUCGCCGAGGGACAGAUGUUUUUAAAGCACUGGCUCUCGGAGCAUGCGGUGUAUUUAUUGGAAGACCUGUGUUGUUCUCAUUGGCUGCUGAUGGUGAGGCUGGUGUAAGAAAAGUACUUCAGAUGCUUCGUGAUGAAUUUGAACUAACUAUGGCACUAAGUGGUUGCCGUUCGCUCAAUGAGAUAACUCGUGACCAUGUUGUGACAGAAUGGGACCGCCCAAGAAUUGUUCCCCGGUUAUGAGAUAAUAUAUAGGACUCCAGCUUGAGAGGUUACACAUCUACAACCACAUAAUAAUAAUAAUAAGAAUUUCAGAAUAAACCUUUCUUCUUAUUUAAUCCUUCAGUAGAAAACUUUGUUGUUACAAUGAGCCAUCCAGUAGUAACUGCUACUUUUUUCUCUGUAGAAUAAAUUUUUACCUGGACUCAUUUCAUUGAACUUGGUGAUGGGAUUUGGUAAACUCUAAAACAUGACUCUUAGCAAAAGCUGAAGUUUUAUGAUCAUGUAUCUCUCAUUAUUUAUCUUUAACUCGUAAGAUCUUGUAGCAUCCUGAAUUAA